UGAUUUUACAAAUAUAUGUGUAUGUACAUAGGAUUGAGAGUUGUAAAGAUGACUCCUGUAAAAUGGUGUUUUCUGCUGGUGUGUAUUGGACUUGUUGAAAGUAACUGGAAAGAUAUCUUACCCUGGAAUACAAAAUCAACAAUACUGGAUUUACAUCAAGACUUUGACAUCCAGACUAUAAACGACAAUCCAGUACCAAUUUAUCGAAAAGAUUUAAAUGAAAAUUAUGCUGCGUACUGGUUGAUCGAAUAUAACGAUGGGGAAUUUAUGAUUCUGUCUUCAGGUCCAGAAACAGGUGAUUAUAGGUUAGUAAUGAAGGGAGAAUACUCGCCAUUGGUGGAUCUGAAUGAAUUCGUUAGGAGGAAAGACUCAACAUGUAAGAAGUAUUAUAUGAUGUCACCGACUCCGGGAUUUCUCCUUGGUUGUGAAGAUGAGAAAGGAAAUCUUUUCUGUCAAGAGAAGGAAGUGAUAACUCAGCUGGAUAAAUUAAAAGUGAUAUGGGCUGAACAGCGAAAAGAUGUGAAGAAGGCCGGAGUUUGGACUUUGUCCAGCCUGUAUACAGAUGAUGGUGCCACCCAUUAUCAUCUUCUAAAACCAGGCCAUACCAAACACAUUAUGAUAGGUGACUACGAUUCGGGCGAUAUUGAAACACAGGCUUCUAAGAACUAUAACUCUCAGAAAUAUGUCUGUGAUAUUUUAGACGUCUGCUUGGCCGACAACAUCAAUCGAAUUGAUCGACAGAAGGUAAAGGUGACAAAGUAUGGACAAAGGCAUAUUGAAUUGAUCGUCCCACACGAAACUCCUGCGUUUUCAGGCGAAGAUGUGAUAUAUAUGGAUAUAAGCACUAGGACCGGAAGUUCGAUUCAGACGACAAAAGUGGCCAUUGAUCUGGUAAAACGCGUGAAACGAUCAGUCCCAGGUAACCAGUCCUAUUCAAUUGAUGAUGAGGAUCUAUUUCCCGAUUACGAUCAACACAAGAUACAAACAUGCCGUAAGAUGAUAUUUUUCAAAUAUUGUCGUAAACGGUUUGUGGGGUGCGGUCCAGUCUCAUGGGCUAUGAUAUUGGGUUAUUACGACCGGCGUUCACACAACGACCCAUACAAAUACGGAAAUGGAAGCCAGAAUCUCUUCACGUGCGGUUCUACGGGAAUGGGGGGCAACAGCUCGUGCGUGGCACCUGGUUUGGAAACAAACGAAACAAAGAAAUACGUAGAAAAGCUUGGGGAAUUUUUAGGUACUUUCUGGCUUUUUGGACAAGGUGCAACAACCGCGAGAGGCAUGAAGAAGAUCGAAACCUUUUUUACCGAAUAUCAGUUAUCAGGCAAACAAGAGGUUAUCACACAUAGCAAUGGGUUUUGGAGUUUGAUUGGUAACUAUAACGACGAAAUCAGAGACAAGGCUAUGGAAUAUAUUCGAGAAGGGUGGCCCGUGGUAAUUGGAAUGCGAAUAAAGGGGUCAAGAUUUGGACAGCACUAUCCAGUAGCGACCAAAUACCAACAAAGAGCUUUCCCAAGCCUGAAAUGUAAGAAGCUAUUCAACGAUUGUGAAGAAGGCUUGCUUGUUGAAAGGGAAUUUUACGUUCAUUGGGGCUGGGGAUAUAAUUCUAGAAACUGGAUACCGGCGAAGGUUUUCUUUGCUGGGAUAGCCAAGUAUUAA